UUCUGUAGUAUUUGGGAUUUCCUAGGACAGUUGAUCAUGUUUUUACAUAAAAAACUAACUCCCUGCAGUCUUAAACUGUCGAAGCUAGAAACCAAGAAUUUGGUAAAGACUGUGAAAAAACUCUCAUGAGAAUUGUCACAUGAGUUGAAACCUUUCCAAUUAUUAUACUUUAGAGUCACUGAGAAACAUGCUGCAAUGUACAUCUGGAACAAACACACAGUCAAAGAUUAGUUCAUGUUCACUUGAAUCAGCACAUGAUUGAUAGAACUUGUGUAUAAGCAGCUCAUGGGUCAGGAAGUACUACAGUAGACUUCAUUUUGCACAGGACAACAUGAGGCUCUUUCUAGCUGUCUUUACACUUUUGCUCGCAGUUUAUUGCAAGGGAGACCAAGUUCUUAGAAUCCAUGCAGAAACCAAGGGUCACCUUGAGGUUUUAAACGAGUUGAAACAGAAUCGGGGACUGGAUUUCUGGACCCAUGGCAUCUCUACCGAUCUGCCUAUUGACGUUCGUGUACCUCAUCUCAGUCUGUAUGCUGUCAAAAACUUGCUCAGUGCAAACAAGAUCCCCUUCACAGUCAUGAUAAACAACGUGCAGGAACUUCUGGAGAAGGAGAAAGCAGAGAUGAUGAGUAACACAGCGAUGGAGCGCAGGACCAACAGCUUCAAAUUUGAUGCUUAUCACACCCUGGAUGAAAUUAACAGUUGGAUGGACACUCUUGUUGCCAAUCACUCUAAUGUCGUGUCUAAAGUGCACAUCGGCAACUCUUAUGAGAACCGCCCCUUGUAUGCCCUUAAGUUUAGCACAGGUGGAGAGAAUAAACCAGCGAUUUGGAUUGAUGCUGGAAUUCACUCUAGGGAGUGGAUUUCCCAUGCAACUGCAGUGUGGAUUGCCAACCAGAUUGCCACAGACUAUGCAAGUAACCGUGCCCCUGUCCCAAAAAUCCUUGGUAUAAUGGAUAUCUACCUGUUGAUUGUGGCUAACCCUGAUGGAUAUGUCUUCACCCACAAGUCCUCAUCCUCAUUUUAUCGUUUGUGGCGUAAAAACCGCUCUGUGACCUCUGACCCCAAAUGCUUUGGAGUUGACCUCAAUCGGAACUGGGAUGCAGCAUUUGGUGGCCCUGGAGCCAGUGAUAAGCCCUGUGACGAAGACUAUCGCGGCCCUUCUGCUAAUUCUGAGAUUGAAGUGAAAAAUAUCGCCAACUUGAUUGAGAGUCACGGCAACUUUAAAUCUUUCAUUACCCUACACUCAUACAAACAGCUUCUGAUGUAUCCCUACAGUAACACUGGAACAAACCCUCCCGACCAGAUUGAACUUGACAGUAUCGCCGUAUCUGCAAGCAAAGCUCUCAACUCCUGGCAUGGCACCGUCUACAAAGUUGGCAGUAUUUUUAACACUAUUGAACAAGCUAGUGGUUCAAGUGUUGACUGGGCUUACAAUCGUGGCAUCAAAUAUUCCUUUGCUUUUGAGUUGCGUGACACCGGCGAAUUUGGAUUCCUCUUGCCUGCCGAUCAGAUUCUUUCAACUUCAAAAGAGACCUGGCUUGCUAUCAAAUACAUUAUGGAAUAUGCUUUGUAUAAGAACAACUCAGCAAAGAAAGGAAGUCACAUAGAUCAUUUGCAGGAACAGGAGAACAUGAGGCUCUUUCUAGCUGUUUUUGCACUGGUUGCAGUUCACUGUGAGGAACUCUUUAAUGGAGACCAAGUUCUCAGAAUCCGUGCGGAAACCAAGGAUCACCUUAAGGCUUUGAUAGAGCUGGAAGGAGAUGUGCAUCAGGGGCUGGAUUUCUGGACCCAUGGGCUCUCUACCGACCUGCCAGUUGACGUCCGUGUGCCUCGUGCCAGUCUGUACGCUGUUAAAGACUUCCUUACUUUAAACAAGAUCCCUUUCACAGUCAUGGUCAACAACGUGCAGGAACUUCUGGAUAAGGAGAAAGCUGAGAUGGUGAGAAGCGCAGCGAUGGAGCGCAGUACCAAGAGCUUCGACUUUGGUGCUUACCACACCCUGGAUGAAAUUUACAGUUUCAUGGACAGCCUUGUUGCAAGUCACCCAAACCUGGUCUCCAAAGUGCAGAUCGGCAACUCUUAUGAGAAUCGCCCUAUGUAUGCUCUCAAGUUCAGCACUGGUGGUGUGAAUCGACCAGCAAUCUGGGUUGAUUCAGGAAUCCACUCCAGAGAAUGGGUCAGUCUGGCUUCUUUAGUGUGGAUUGCCAACAAGAUUGCUACAGACUAUAGUGUCGAUGCCUCCGUCACUGCUCUUCUUGGUCAAAUGGACAUCUUCUUGAUGAUUGCAACCAACCCUGACGGAUACGUAUUUACUCAUACCAGUAACCGUAUGUGGCGUAAGACUCGUUCUGUGAAUUCUGGCUCCUCCUGCAUUGGUGUUGACCCAAACAGAAAUUGGGACGCUGGCUUUGGAGGGGUUGGUGCCAGCAAUAAUCCCUGCUCUGACUCUUACCAUGGCCCUUAUGCCAACUCUGAGAUUGAAGUGAAAAACGUUGUGGACCUUGUCAAUGGCCAUGGCAACUUCAAAUCCUUCAUCUCCAUUCACUCUUACUCCCAACUCUUAAUGUAUCCCCAUGGCUACACUUGCACAGAUAUUCCUGACCAGCCUGAGCUUCACACUGUAGGCACCAGUGCUGCCAAUGCACUCACCUCUCUGUAUAACACCAAAUAUCAAGUUGGAAGCAUCUGCAAUAUUAUCUACCCAGCAAGUGGAGGAAGCAUCGACUGGACUUACGACAUCGGCAUCAAAUAUUCCUUUGCUUUUGAGCUGCGUGACACUGGCCUCUAUGGUUUCAUCUUACCUGCCAAACAAAUUAUUCCCACUGCAGAGGAGACUUGGCUUGCUCUCAAAAACAUCAUGGAAUAUGUUCGUGAUCAUCCUUACUGAGAGUAUAGUCCAAACCUAUUGAAACUAGAAAUAAAAGUUCCCAAAAAACUGUA